ACCGCUGUGAUUGGUCUUCCUCGACACUGCUACUUAUCGUAUCCUAAUCCUAUAUGCUAAAACCAUACCGUUGCUGCUAUCAUUUCUACUAGUCUACUACUACCCUAUACACGUACAUAAUAAGGAUUCAUUCCUAUCGCUACCUAUCACUGCCCUUUGACUCGAACGCAUUUUCUUCCCGAGCCGAGUUCGCGUUGUUGAUUUGACGCGUUCUGCCCCGAUAUUCUGAAACGACAUCAUGAACACAGCCGUCAAAGUUGCGCUUCGUGUCCGACCACUUACGCUCCAGGAGCAGAUCAACAACUGCUCCGAAGCCAUCUCCUAUGUUCCAAAUGAGCCCCAAAUCGGUAUCGUCGGUUCCGACAAAUCUUUCACGUUCGACUAUGUCUUUGAUGAGGAGACUGCACAGCAUAAGGUCUACGAAUCAUGUGCCAAAGAGCUCGUCGAUCGCUUUAUUGAAGGAUUCAACGCCACAAUCCUCGCUUAUGGACAAACGGGAAGCGGAAAGACAUACAGCAUGGGCACAGGAUUGCAAUAUAAAGGAGCUGAUCAAGCCAUCGUACCACGAUCGGCCCAAGCCAUCUUCUCAUCGCUGGACGCCCAGAUGGAACAAGACCCACACAUGGAGUACCAGGUCUAUGUAUCCUUCUUAGAGUUGUAUAACGAGGAGCUCAUUGAUCUACUGCAGACACAACCGCGCACUCGAAAAGAUUCGAUUCAAGUCCGCGAAGAUGGAUUCGGCGGUAUCUCAUGGCAGGGUGUCAAGGAACAGCAAGUCUCAUCAGCACAGGAACUUCUGGACUGGCUGCAAAAAGGGUCACUGUGCAGAACGACAGCAGCGACCGACAUGAACCAGACGUCUUCUCGAUCCCACGCCAUUUUCUCCGUCAUCUUGAAGCAACAACGGUCAGAAGAAAUCGAGCCCGCGCCUGAAGCUGAGGAGGAAGGAGAGUCUGGGUCGCCAUCUGCUGGUCCAGUGGCAACUACUAAGACUGAAAAGCUCAAGAAACUCGCUUCCAAGUUCCAUUUUGUUGAUUUAGCUGGAUCCGAAAGAUUGAAACGAACGAGAGCUGUUGGUGACCGUGCUAAAGAGGGCAUCUCGAUCAACUCUGGAUUGUUGGCUCUCGGAAAUGUUAUCAGCGCACUCGGUGACGAAUCCCGAAAGUCCUCCCACGUCCCAUACCGUGACUCAAAGUUGACGCGACUUCUUCAGGAUUCCCUUGGUGGCAACAGUGCGACCCUGAUGUUGGCUUGUGUAUCUGCAGCUGAUGCCGAUAUCAACGAGACCGUCAGCACACUCGUCUAUGCAAACAGAGCCAGGAACAUUCGCAACAGAGUCGUCAUCAACCAGGACUUCAGGGACUCGAAUAACGCAGAAAUCGCCCAAUUGAGGGCAGAGAUUAACCGACUCAAGAUGGAGAACAGUGCCUUCAGAGCCAUGGGAUCAGGACCCGCUGCAGAGCUGGAUCAGCGCCGUGCAGCGGAGGAGAUGAGGUCUUUGCGAGGCGAGGUCACACGGCUCCGCGAGCGUCUGAAGGAGAGCAGCUCGGAGCUUUGCGAUGUCCUUGCAGAGCGCGACACUCUCUUGGUUGAGCGCGAGGUGACAGGAGAUGCUAAUAUCGAAGCGCACCCCAUUAUGCAGACCUACCACCGCACAGUCAUGCAGCUGAAGGAUCGCCUGAUCGCAGCUGAAGACCAAGCCCUAGAACUCCAGACUCUGCUUUCUCAGAAGCCCAGCACCGUGUUUGGUCGAAGACAACAAACCCCACCCAAUCGUCACAAGGCGCCUUCGCCCUACAAAGGAUCGCCUUACCGGAGGAGAGUCGAGCCACCUACUGACGAUGACCAUGAUGCCGAUGGCGAGCACGAUGAGGAUCAGCGCCGCAAAGACAUAUCUCCAGCGCGUGGCCGCCAGUCAAAGCGCAGGAGCAGACAAUCGUCCCGAGCUGUCUCCAGGUUCGAUUUCGGCGCCAGCGCAGCAAGCCUUGGGGCCGAACCCGCUAAGCUGCCAACCAGCCCACCUAUGCCUCAAGUUGAGCAAAUUCUUGCUCCUGGUGGCGCUUCCUCUUGGUUCCAGAAUUUGAAGACGGAAGAGAGCCAGCCCCUCUCUGCUCAGCACUUGGAUUACUCUUCCACUGGUUCUUCUUCCUUGCUCCAGCGUGUUCCCAUCGACUCGGACUCGUCCGACUUUUCUCGUAGACGCCGAGCUGCCCGCCACGGAGCAGGAGGUGCUGCCGAGACCAUGGACAAGGCCAAGGAAGACAUUCGCCGCGGACUCCUUCUGCUCAAGGCCGAGAAGAACGGUAUGGGCAUGGACAUGGACCUGCUCAACCUCUUGGACCCUACUGCCUCUUCACAGCUGCGACCCAGCCCAGGGUCAAGCCGUCGUCGCGAUUCCAUGACUUCCUCCAUGUCCUCAGGAUCCUCCCGUUCCCGAUUCCAGAUCAUGCCAACCUUGGAGGAUGUGGCCAACGGCGCUGUCAUCUCGCCCAUGCGUGCAUCGUUCCCAUUCCCUCUGCCCCCUGGUCAGACUUCUUGGAAAGAAACUUCGAGCCCACAGGACCAGAAGGUGUUCUUCGAGGCGGAGCAAAAGGCUGCCGAGACCCUUGCCAAUGCAAUGAAGGCAAUGCACCGCUUCAGCUUCCCCUUGAACGCAUCCGACACGCAGCAGAUCAGUCAGCAGCAGCAGCAGUCCCGCCUCGCCGCCGCCAUCCAGCAACAGAAGGCAGCCGCCAUUGCACUUCCGGACUCCGAUACAGGGUCCGUUCUCGAGACCUCCUCUUUGUCGGGCUCGAGCUCUAUUAGGCACUCCAUGAAGAGCGCUCCUCACAGCCUCUCUCAGAGCUAUACCCAUAACAGCUCUCAUAACGCUCCUCCAAGCAUUCACCAGAGCAUUGCCCCGAGCAUCUCCAACGCCAGCGCCAGGUCAUCCGAGAAACCAGCAGAGAGACUCAAUUACGAUGCGAUGUUGAAUGAGGUCCAGAACGGUCUCGCUGACAAGGAAGAGCUGGUGAUGCAGCUAGAGAGGGUUGAGGCUGACUACCACAACAUGAGGAACCAGUAUGAAGAAGAGAUCCGCAUUAUGGAGGACAGGAUCAGAGAGGCCGAAAUGGAUCGUGAACGUGGAAGGGCCAAUGAGAACAAGAUCCCUGGCUCUGUCAAGAUCAAGUAUGAGACCAAGAUCAAGCAGCUCAUGGCUGAGCUCUCGGAUCUGCAGCACAAGUACGCCGAUGUAUCCAAGAUUGCGAAUGAGAAGCGCAACUUGGCUGAGAACCAAUUGAGAACUCUGCGUGUAGCCGUGGAGAACCUCAAAACGGAGAAGCAGCGCAUGAUCAAACGCAUGAAGGAGGAUGCGGAGCGCAUCAAGGAGAUGAAUGCCGCCAACGAUCGCGAGAUCCAGGCCCUCCGACGCGCAGAGAAAGCGGCUCAGGAAGGACGCAAGAAGGCCGAGAAGGAGAUCGAGCUGCAGCUGCAGCAACAGCAGCGCACUGCGGCGAUGCUCCAUCGCAACAACAGCACUGGAUCCAAUACCCAGCAGGCCAGGGUCAUUGGAUUCCUGAAGAAGCCCCAGACACCCAAGGGUAUCACCAAGUCGGCCAAGAGACCACCUCGCCUUGGACCAUCGGAAAGAACCGACGGCAAGGGCUCCUCUAUCCCUGCGCCCAAGUCCUCCAGAAGCCAGGCUUCGCUUCGUGCUCAGGUCACCCAGAAGAAGCAGGUCAUCGAUCGCGCUAUCUAUGGUUACAUUUCUGGACAGCAUGCCAUUAACGUUAUGGACGACAUGUUGAAGAAGCGUGAGAGAUUGAGGAGCGAGAAGCAAGAGCUGGAGCAGGAACGUCAAAGAGUUGUUCAGGCACAGGAGGAGGAUGCGAUUGCCCACGGCACUAUCAUGCUUGACUUUGCCAGCGAGCCUCAGUACAUGGACGACCGUCUCAGCAUGAUCGAUGCUGAGGUUGCCUACAUCAAUGCCAGAAUCCGCGCACUGCAGGCCGAGGCGGCCGCCCUUGGAUUCGUGACAGCGAUCGAGAAGGUCCACCACGAUGAGGACGGCAAGGAUGGAUCGGCCACCAACGACGAGGAAGAGCUGAUGACCAAGUUGAUCCGAAAGGGUAUGGCCGACGAUGCGAUGGGUCUUCCUCCAGGCUCCGGCGCCGCCGUUGCCUUCGAUUCUUCCAUCUCGAUCUUGCGCUCUAUGGAGCUGCCCGAGUCGCGAGAGUUCCUUGAGAUGCUUUUUGAGGAUAUCGUGGCAGUUCGCGCACAUGAGAAUGUGCUAUUGGUCCAGGUCGCGAACCAAGAAAAGGUCAUCGAGGAGCUGAAGCGGGCCCUCCAAGCCAUGCGUCAGGCGGCCGUCGGUGCCACCUUCGGUUACGAGAAGCGCUGCGAUGUUCUUGAGCAGAAGCUGCGCCAGCUUGGAGGAUCCUCCAGCGAUCUGUCUCCCAGACCUCAUGCCGAUGGCUCCUCUGAAGAGGAUGAGAACGACGCUGAGGUCGCCAGGUUGAGCCGUGCUGCUUUCGGAGGAGAUGAGAUGCAGUCGGCUAUCUUGAACAGGGACGAGUCCAAGGACCAGUCGUGGACUCCUUUGCCCGAUAAUGCUCUCCCUCUAUCGGGAUCCGCUGCAGAGGCCGUCUUGGACGUCAAGGCAAAGCGCGCCUCUACGAUCUUUGACCUGCUUUAUGAGGACGCCAUCAAGACCUCAGACGAAAGCUCACCCAAGGUCGGUGGAACCGGUGGCGAAUUCUCUCGCAUGCUUAUUGCCAACCACGAGCGCCGCGUUUCCUGGGCUGGCAUCCCUGCCGCUGACAUGGAAGAGCCUGCUCCUCAAGAACAGGAACAGCGCCCUCAAGGACAGGAGCAGGAGCAGCACCAGCAGCUGCAGCAACAGCAACAGCAGCGCCAUCGCUUGGCUCGUUCCGUCAGCACUAGCUCGAUCAGCAACAAGGCGUUGCAGGAGCGCGUAGAGGCUAAGGAGCGAGGCAACACUUCGAUGUACGGACACCGACGCGGAGGAAGCAGCAGCGGUGGUAGUGGAGGCGGCCAGGGAUUGGCCAUUGCCAACAGUCGCAGCUCCUCGAGCAUGCACCGCAUCUCAUCCGGAGCUCUUCGUCCGAACGCAGAUGCAGUCGCCCUUCGACGCAGCUCAACCCCGGUGCCUGGCCCUGCCGUUGCUCCAAGGUCUGCGGAGGCUGUUGCCCUUCGACGUAGCUCGACCCCGGCUUCAAGCCCUGCCAUCGGUCCAAAGUCUUCAGCUCGACCACGGUACAGCGCGGGCUACAACUCGAACGCAGAUGCACCCCCACCUUUGCCUGCUCAGCAUCACCCUCGACAUGGCGGUACUCCCUUGACCAUCCAGACCGGAUUCUCCAACGGCCAUCCUCCUCAACAUACCCUUCGACACGCCAAGAGCCACCAACAACCUCUAAACAGUCAGCGCCAGAUCUACGACAGUCGCCGCGCCAGCACCCCCAGUCCCGCACUGGUUGGCAAGCGUCUGCCACGCUCGGACUCUGACAAUACCGGCUUUGUGAGCCAGAGUAUCAGAAACCAGGGCGGUAAUGCCCGACCCCUCAGUCGAGUCGGCAUGACAACGACGACGCCGACAGCGACCAACAUGGCGCACGCGGCAGGAUUUCAAGAUGGAUAUGGCCAGCCCCAUCACCAUCAGGGCCCAAUGGAGACCUACCACACGCAUCACCACAACAACAGCGCGGCGCGUCGCAUCAGCGGAUCCUGGGACGACAACCAAAAUGUGUACGAGCGUUUGGCCUCUGUGCACACCCAGGCGAGCCAGGCUCGAGUCCUUGCCACGCGAAGCAACAGCUACAGCGCCCAGCCGUCGACUCCUGCAGGCGGGAGCAUGAUGACGAGCGGCGGAAACUUCCAUCAGAUCCAAAACCAUCACCUCUUGCAGCAACAGGGCAAGGGCGGCCCGAGGAUGCAUCCGCCCUCAGUCGACGGUUUGAUUCACCUGGCGAGCGAGCACGGCGACGGUGAAGGUGAGGGUGAGGGUGAGGGCGGAGACGGCCAUGACCCGGCAGAGCGCCACUGGUCAUCGAACUCUUCGUCCUCGGUGACCAGUGCCUCGACCACGUCAACGGCCGCAACGAACUCUCCGACGAUGGAAGAACCCAUCCACGAGCCGAUCCAAUCCCUGCCCAAGGCAGAGGUUGGUCCUGUAUUUUAAGAAUAGCCCCCCCAAUACCCCUAUCCAUCCACUAUUAUAAAUAUUUUCUCCACCCUAUACCAAUAGUAACCAGUAGUCUAUACCAGAAAAAUGUGAAAAUAUAUUCAAGCGGGCAUCAACUGCCCUGAUCCA